AGCAAGGUGCCUCUCCAUCUCUCUCCUGUCCAGCCAGACAAAACAACACCACCGAAGGGCUGAACGCAACAGCAAGACCGCAACCAUGAACGGCACGGAGGGACCCUUUUUCUAUGUCCCUAUGUCAAAUGCCUCCGGCAUUGUCAGGAAUCCUUAUGAAUACCCUCAGUACUACCUUGUCAGCCCGGCAGCUUACUUUAUGCUGGCCUGCUACAUGUUCUUUCUCAUCCUUACCGGCUUCCCCAUCAACUUCCUGACACUGUACGUCACCAUCGAGCACAAGAAGCUGAGGACCUCCCUAAACUACAUCCUGCUGAACCUGGCAGUGGCCGAUCUCUUCAUGGUGAUUGGUGGCUUCACCACCACAUUGUACACAUCCUUGAAUGGCUACUUCGUCUUCGGUAGGACUGGCUGCAACAUCGAAGGAUUUUGUGCCACCCUUGGUGGUGAGAUUGCUCUGUGGUCCCUGGUUGUCCUGGCUGUUGAGAGGUGGGUGGUUGUCUGCAAGCCUAUGAGCAACUUCCGCUUUGGUGAGAACCACGCCAUCAUGGGUGUUGCAUUCAGCUGGGUGAUGGCCGCUGCCUGUGCUGUGCCCCCACUCUUUGGCUGGUCCCGUUACAUCCCAGAGGGCAUGCAGUGCUCAUGCGGAAUCGACUACUACACCCGUGCCCCCGGCUUUAACAACGAGUCCUUUGUGAUCUACAUGUUCGUUGUCCACUUCAUGAUUCCAAUAAUUAUCAUCUCCUUCUGCUAUGGCCGUCUGCUGUGCACCGUCAAAGAGGCAGCUGCUGCCCAGCAGGAGUCUGAGACCACCCAGAGGGCUGAGAGGGAAGUUACCCGCAUGGUCAUCCUGAUGGUGAUCUCCUUCCUUGUGUGCUGGGUGCCCUAUGCCAGCGUGGCCUGGUACAUCUUCUGCAAUCAGGGAACAGAGUUUGGCCCUGUCUUCAUGACAGCCCCGGCCUUCUUUGCCAAGAGCUCCGCUCUCUACAACCCCCUCAUCUACGUGUGCAUGAACAAGCAGUUCCGCCACUGCAUGAUCACCACGCUGUGCUGCGGAAAGAACCCCUUCGAAGAAGAGGAGGGAGCGUCCAGACCCCGCGAUCCAGCGUGCACAAAGAAGACUUCUGCUCCCCCGGGAAACGACUGAAGGCUAUCGUCUACAUAUGUACAGAGAGUCCAAUGUAACGAUGUGUAAGAUGUUUUUUUUUCCUGAAACGAAAGCAAAAUAUCUUUGAUCUUUUACAGUUGGAGUCUAUAUGUUACUGGCUUAUUUGUGAAUGUAGAGGCAUGUAAUCAAGGCAACGUAAAAUAAAACGCACUUUGCAAAUUAA